GGGCUAGUAUGAAUCAAGGCCCAAAUAGCCAUCAAAUAUAUUCAGAGGGGUUGUCUACUUCUCUUCGUCUUUCGCCAGUUUCAGCGUUUUCUGUCAUUUGGAGCUCACCGUGUGCUAAAAUACGCCAGGUGUUGUUGAGUGAGUGAAGCCCGAAAACCAGCAAAGAAUGAGGCUCCUGACUCAUAAUAUGUUAUCAUCGAACAUCAAAGGCUUGACGAGCGGAUUCCCCCUUGGGAUUGAGGUGGAGAAAACGGAGGAGAAGGAGGUGGAGAUGAAUGCGGACUUCCUGCGGAACAUGUUUGCCAAGGUGGAGUGGAAGGCGCUCGUGGAGGCUGCGAAGACGUUGGGGUAUACUGAGCUACCCGACAAUGUUGAGCCCUCCAUGCUCGACUCGGAUGAGUUUCUGCGCAGGUUCCACCACGCCCUCCUCGAGCUCCACCUUGAGGAGGGCGCGCUGGUUUGCCCUGAGACUGGCCGGAAGUUCCCUGUCAACAAAGGGAUCCCGAAUAUGCUGCUUCAUGAAGAUGAGAUCUUGCUGCAAUGAGCCUGGGUUCGAAUCCCACUGCUGUCGUGUAG